ACGCCACGCGGCCACGCCACAAGCAAGGAAAUUUCCCCUCCCCUCCUCCUCCUCCUCCUCCUUCUCCGCCCGCGCAGCCACAAACUCUCCUCCUCUCCCUCCCCGAUUGGAUCGGAGUCGACUCGCUUCGAUGAAGAAGAUCUUCGGCGCCAAGAAGAACAAGGACCCGCCGCCCUCCAUCCACGACGCCGCCGAAGGAAUCAGCAAGCGCGGCGAUACCGUCGAUGAAAAGAUAAAGAAACUCGACGCCGAGCUCGCCCGCUACAAGGACCAGAUCAAGAAGACGCGCCCAGGCCCCGCGCAGGAGGCCGUCAAGGCAAGAGCCAUGAGGGUCCUCAAGCAGCGAAGGAUGUACGAAGGACAGCGUGACAUGCUGUUCAACCAAACAUAUAACCUUGACCAAGUUGCUUUUGCGUCUGAGGGACUUAAAGAUGCUCAACAAACUAUGACUGCGAUGAAGGCUGCGAAUAAUGAGCUAAAAGGAAUGAUGAAAACUGUCAAGCUCGAAGAUAUAGACAGCAUGCAAGAUGAGAUGAUGGAUCUUAUGGACGUGAGCAAUGAGAUACAAGAAACUCUUGGCAGAAGCUACAAUGUCCCUGAUGAUAUCGAUGAGGAAGAACUUAUGGGGGAGCUUGAUGCUUUGGAAGCUGACAUGGACUUUGAAUCAGAGUCAGUCCCAUCUUACCUUCAACCAGAUCAAAAUUCUGAACUUAACUUGCCUGCUGCACCAACUGGACAUGCAGCACCGCUACCAAAUCAGCAGCAGGAGGAUGAACUAGGAUUGCCCACAGUGCCACAUGCAUCCAUUCGUAGUUAAACAAUCACGGAUCUUGAAGUCGAUGUAAAAACCAGAUAUUUUGGGCAUGGACAAUUCAAUGUAACUUUUCCUCGUAUGUACCACUACGAUUUGUUGUGACUUGCAGAAGGUGUAGAUUUAAUUCAUUGCAUAACAUCCUGUUCUGGUGAUGGUCCUGACAUUCUUUCUGGAAUAAUGAUGAUAUGGAGGGCAUGGUGUACAUACAUAUGAAAAUCCAUCUUGUUUCGGCAUGUUUAUUGUACCGCCACCGAGUUUGCCUUUUUAAAGAUUUGAUUUGAAGCCCA